UCAGCAAGGAUGUCAGUAUUAUUGGAGACAACGCUUGGUGACAUUGUGAUAGACCUUUACACUAAAGACAGGCCCAGAUCAACUAUGAACUUUCUGAAGCUGUGCAAACUGAAGAUGUACAACUACUGUAUGAUCCACUGUGUUCAACGCAACUUUGUUAUCCAAACAGGUGAUAUUGACCAAAAAGGCGGCAGCUCAAUCUUCAAAGUCCUGUAUGGCGAGCAAGCUAAAUUCUUUGAGAAGGAAAAUGUUCCCAAAAUAAAACACACCCAAAAGUUGACGGUUUCUAUGGUUAACGAUGGUAAUGGUUACCAUGGUUCCCAGUUCCUGAUAACUACAACUGAGGACGCAGAUGCUCUGGAUAGUCAACACACUGUCUUUGGUAUCGUUAGUGAAGGGGAAGAUGUGGUGUCUCAGAUUAAUGAGGCGUAUUGUGACGAGAAAGGGAGACCUUAUCAGGACAUCAGGAUCCAUCACACUGUAAUCCUACAUGAUCCUUUCUCAGACCCAGAGAUGCUUCCUGUCCCACCUCGCUCUCCCUCUCCUCCACCCUAUGUCAUACAAUCGGACAGGUUGGCGGUGGGAGAGACGGUCAACAAGUUAGCUGGACAUAAUACAGAAGAUGUGGUGGAGUACAUCGAGGAGAAAGAACUCAAAGCUAACACUCAAAUGUUAGAAAUAAUCGGGGAUAUUGCUGAUGCUGAUAUGAAGCCCCCGGAGAAUGUACUCUUUGUGUGUAAACUGAACCCUGUUACUUCUUCAGAUGAUCUGGAGAUAAUCUUUUCUCGUUUUGGGACUAUCGAGUCAUGUGAGGUUAUCAGAGACUGGAAGACCGGGGACUCCCUCUGUUACGCCUUCAUCGAGUUCGCUGACGUUACGGACUGCGAGGCUGCCUACUUCAAAAUGGACAAUGUUUUGAUCGACGAGCGCAGAAUACAUGUGGACUUCUCUCAGAGCGUUUCUAAACUUUAUUUCAACAGGAAUUCUAAAAACCAAAUGAAAUACUCUGCUCAGAAUAACGAUGAUAAAUCACGUGAUAAAAGACGGCCUCAGAAUGACAAUUUAAGGUCAAAACAGAACGAUGAACUAAUGAGGCCAAAACGGAAUAACGACCAUAUUAAGUCUAACCAGAAUGUUGAUCCUAUGAAGUCUAGGGGGGAAGAUAAAAACAAUAAAUCAACGCGGAACGAUGACCAUGUAAGGUCAAGGCGAGACGAUGGCCAAAUAAGGUCAAGGCGGGAAGAUGGCAAAGACAAUUUAAAGUCAAGGCGGGACAAUGAUCAUUUGAGGUCAAGGCGGGAAGAUGACCGUGUAACGUCAAGGCGGGAUGACGACCAUAAAUCUAGGCGGCACAACGACCUUAUCAAGUCUAGGCGGGAUGAUGAUUAUAUAAAUUCUAGUCGGGAAGAAGACCAUAAACGGUCAAGGCCGCAAGAUAUCCAUUUAAAGUCAAGGCGGGAAGAUGACCCUGUAAUGUCAAGGCGGCGGCACGAUGACCAUAUCAAGUCUAGGCGGGAUGAUGAAUUUAUUAAUUCUAGUCGGGAAGAAGACCAUAAACGGUCAAGGCGGGAAGAUGACCAUGUGCGGUCAAGGCGGGAAGAUGGCCAGAUAAAGUCAAAGCGGGAAGACGACCGCAUAAAUUCGAGGCGGGAAGACGACGAUAUUAAGUCAAGACGGAAAGAUGACCAUAUAACGUCAAGGAGGGUGGAUGGCGAAAGUAAGUCUGAAAGAAGUAACAGUCGUUCAGAUCCUGUUAAAGAUAUGAAAGUAUCUCGGUUAGAUAAGAAAGAUGAUAAAAUAAAUAAAUCCGAUCCAAAGAAGCCAGCCAAGAAACUUCGUACAAAAUCUCCCUCGACUACAGAAGAGUCUUCAUCAGAUUCAGAGGAUUCUUCGUCAGAUUCAGAUGAGGUAUCUAAAGUUAAACCACAGAAAGACUCCAAGCAACGAGCCGUUAGUGAUACUGAUAAGGAAGGUAAUAAGAAAAAGCGCCUAAAAGCGGACAAGACUGAAUCUUCACUGAAAGAAAACCAAAGAAAAUCACGAGAUAAAGAAGAAGAGAGAGCAAAAGCAAAGGAACUUCAGACUAAAAUUGCCGACCUAGAGCUUAAGAUCAAGAAGAUGAAAGAAGAAGAACUAGAAGACGGCCCCAGUAAGUCUAUGAAGAAACACAAAAAAGCAAAAAAAACGAAGGGUACACGAUGAGCAAUGUUGAAACUAUGAACUGCAAACGCUCUCAAUGAUUCAGGCUUUGGCUCCUGAAACCCUUUCGGCACCGUUCACUGCCCUCCAAUAGACACGACCUGGCUCGUUCGACAUCUUGCUUAUAUUUGGUUUUAUUGAUGAUGUAAAUCCCUCUUUAUUGAUGAUGUUAAUUCCUCGCAGCUAGAAAUCUGUUAUGUGCCUUAAUUUCCUUACUAAUUAUACACAUAAUAUUCAUAUUGUAAGUUUACCCCAGGAAUAAUUACAUUAUAUUAAUAA